AUGUCUCGACCACAAAUACUCUGCCCUCAGCGCAGCUUUGGCCAAACACAAGAUUCUCGACACCAGUUCCCUCUUUUGCAGCCAGGUGGACAAUACACCCCGCACUCCUUUGGCCCUCAUUCUCAUCCUCUUCCUCCCCCUCAACAACAACAACACCUCCACAGCUUUGCAAACGCUCAAUUGAUGGCGCAGCAAGCCACCAUGCAACAGCAGCAUAGCUCGGAGGGGCUUGAGCAGCGUCCAUCGUGGACCCAGCAACUGCUCCCGUCAGGUCUCAAAUCAUCCUUGGACAUGACCGAUCAAACGGUCCAAGCCUAUGCCACGGGUGUCGACCAGCACUGGCGGAGCGUGUCCGGGCGCGAUCAAUCUAGCGCUUGGGAUGACGCGCAAAUCGUCUUGCCCGAUUCAAAUAGGCAGUUUCUUUGUAACGGCGACCUGAUGUACAGUCCGGAUGCCGCACAACACCUAGUUGCUCAGCCCCACAGCAGCUAUGGUGGACAGCUUAGGUGGACAGCCUCUGCAAUGCGUGGGGGUAUUGCAGCCACUGGCCCAAACGCUUCCGAUUUUGACUCGAUCAACACGCUCUCGCCUCAGAGCUACCUGAGUGACGGGGCGGAUAUAUCUUUCAGCCCUUGUUCGGUUCCUGAUCAAGCAUCUCUUCUUGGGGAUUGGAGCGUCACUUCAUCUGUGCCGAUCAAGGAACCCUCGCCGCAGUAUCCGUCAUCUUUCUCACACCCGAGCCUUGCACUAGCUCAUAACAACAGCUUUCGACAGUGUCCGGAUACGGUUGGCCUUGCAGGUGACGAAUUGAGCAUCGCGACUUCAUCUUCAUCCACACGAGCAGGCCACUUGGCUCGUCGGCUAGUUACUUCUCUCACUGAUGAGCAUCAAUCCAGUUCUGAGGGCUCGCUUGCAGCCGUUGACGGCUCCAAAUCAUUGUGGUAUAUGUCUGCUUACUCCACCCCUCGGUCAGAUGUGAGGUUGAUGUAUGAGAAUGCCCGCGCUCAUAAGGCACAGUCUGGGAGUAAUGUCAAUGCGGCUUCCACAAGCAUUGCUUCCUUCUCUUCUUAUCCAUCGCUGUCAGGGACGGGUUCUCAGGAUGUUCGUCAUGUUCAGUCGAACUAUCAGGAUCGCUUCCAAGCCCCUCGAUCUCCAGACGUGCAAACACAGCGACAGCGCAAUGACGAGCUGCUCCUCCAGGGAAAGCAAGACGGAUUGACAUAUCGAGAGAUCCGAAAGAAGAUGUUGGGCGAGAAGCCUGCCGAAUCGACUUUGAGGGGUCGGUAUCGUUCAUUGACCAAGGCGCGUAAGGAUCGUGUACGAAAGCCAGUUUGGCACCGGCGCGAUAUCGAGCUAUUGAACGGCUUCGUCGGCGGGGAACUCGAGCGCAUCGAGAAGUCCCUUUCCAACCCGAGCGCGAUGAGCGUCGACCAGAAGCUCAUCAAGGUACGCUGGAAGGAGGUUGCCGAUUACAUCCAGGAACGGGGGGGCUCCUACCACUUCGGCAACUCGACUUGCAAGCGCAAGUGGUUAGAACUCAAUUCUUCUGCAAAGUAG